AUGUCGAGCAAACCAGGAAUCCCGUCGUGGCAACGCGCCCAGACAGACGCCCCCCCAGCAGGGUCUCCGGAACAAGAGCCGCCGUCGGAAGCGCAGCGGGAGUCAAGUCCAGCACCAGCCCCCGGCGCCGAAGAGUCAACGAGAGACUCCAAGCAAGACGAGGGAGGGCAAGAUGAAUCGUUGCUAGCGCAAGCUUCCAAGUUCCUCGAGGAGCCCGAAAUACGCGAUGCGCCACGGGAAAAGAAGGCCGCAUUCCUGGAGUCGAAAGGCGUGAAAGCCGAGGAUAUCGAGAAGCUGCUUGCGGCGAAGAUACCGGAGGAUGCGACCCCAGACGUCACGGAGGCUGGCGAGCGAGCGUGGUCGACGGCGCCUCCCAAACCUGUGCCAGCACCGUUGCCAAAGCCACAGGCCCGAGAAACUCCGCCCAUAGUCACAUAUCCCGAGUUCCUCACGCAAUCGACGCAACCGCCACCCCUCAUAACCACCCGCCGGCUCCUGAGUACAGCGUAUAUAGCUGGUGGUCUUGCCGCGACCAUCUAUGGCCUUUCCAAGUACAUUGUCGCCCCGAUGACACAAAACCUUACCGAAUCGCGGCACGACUUUGCAAGCCACACCCAGGAGCAAUUAAGCGAAUUGAACAAGCGCCUCAGAGAUGCAGCAUCCGAGGACCCCGCUAGCAAAGUCAAACCGAACAUUACAGACGUUAUAGACGAUGUAUCAGAAGCCGAUUCUGAUCCCACCGAGCUAUACCACCGAGACUAUGGUACCCAAACAUCGCCCUCGCUCUCACGACGGCCCUCGAUCGCAGCAGAUGUGGAUGAUCAACCUAUUGUGACAUCGCACGAAAACCGGUUGAAGAUCCUGACCUCGCAUCUUCGCGAACUGGAAGCCACUCGAUCCAAUGACACCGCAUCCUCAGAUUCCUUGAAGACAAAGCUGUCGGAUCUCACAACGUAUCUGAGCGAAAUGAGCUAUCAGAAUCAGUAUUACUCAGGAAUGGGAGGUUUCUACGGUGGAAAUUACGGAUUACCAAAAGGACCAGACGGGAAAGACGAUCAAAUAGAUGUACUGAAGAACGAUAUACGGGCGGUAAAGGGGGUCUUCUUAAGCGCGAGAAACUUUCCGGCAGGUGGUAGGAGUACAACACCCGUAGGAAGAGUUGGGGGAUAG